UCCGGCCCAUAACCCACCCUUUGCUUAUUACUUUCAACUCGCAAGUCUACGAUACUACAAUGGCAGAUUCGAUUGAGACUCUGCUUUCUACCCCCUCCGCCCCACCUUUCGUCUACCUUCACCACCCCCAUCAUUCUGCUACCAACCUUCCUCCAUCUCUCGAAAGCGCACGCGAGCACAGCUUGUUCGCUCGCCUCGACACUAUCGAGCACUACAACACCAAGCUGUUCUACUCUGGUACCCUCCAUCGCAUUAUAGGCGAAGACGCCAAUGUAGAGGAGGUAUCGUCGUGGGAUGCGUUCAGUCUGAAAUUGAAGAGUUGGUGGUGUGAGCGCCAUCAAAUAGGAAACAGUCGGAAAAAAGUCAGAGGGUGGUCCUACAAGGAAGAGGUGGAUCAUGAAAAUAUUGUGCUGCUGGUAACUCAUGCAGAGAGGCUGAAGAAUGUACUGGGAAGUAAUUGGGCAGUCAUAACCAGACUGGCAGAGCUCAGCAACGUCAAUGUUACUGUCAUCUUGGCCUCCGCCUCUCCGUGGGAUCUUGUUCGCCCGCACCGCGUGGAUGCCCCGGAGCCCAUUCACAUCUACCUUCAAGCACCAACCCGAGCCGACAUACUGGCCGAACUCCUGCCCGUCUGCUCUCAUCCUCUCUGGCCCAAAUUUGUCGAUCUCCUUCUGGCUACCACGCUAUCGCUCAUAACACCUCCUGUGGCCGAGCUCGCCCAUAUCGCGGCUUCACUGUGGCCGUUGUAUACGUCGGACUUGCCCCCGCAUGCUGAGAUGGAGGUGCUGGGUCUGGAGUAUCCAGAUCCUUCAAAUCCCCCUCCAAAGCUUGAAGUCAAUCUGAAGCUCUUGACAGACCUCACAGCAUCAAUGAGGCUGCCCCUAACGGGAGCCGUUGAAAGACUCAUCCCUCGCCAGAUCGGCACAUAUGAAUUCACCUCUGCUCUCUCGAGGCGCUCAGCAACCACGUCCGCACAGGACGCUCUUCCGAAACUCCCUCCGCUGGAACUUUCUCGAACGGAAAAAUUCUUGCUGGUGGCUGCCUAUUGCGCCAGCUAUAACCCUGCCACAUCUGAUGUGAGACUGUUUGGCAGAGGUGUGGGAGAGAACGGGAGAAAGAAGAGGGGUGGAGGCAUGAGAAGGGCUGGGUAUGGGAAAGUGAGAUCUGGCAAGGUCGCACAAAGACUUUUGGGCCCGAAAGCCUUUCCCUUAGACCGCCUACUCGCUCUGUUCUUCUCUCUCUACGCCGAACACGCCACACGCCCAGAUUUUCAGACCGAAUACAGCGAAAGCUCUGAAGAGUCGGAAGAGGAGGAGAUUGCGCAGACAUGGCCGCCUACGCUGCGGACAGAUAGCAAAAGGGUUGAGGAAAAGGCGGCCAAAGCAAGGAAGAGGGAGCAGGAACAGGAACAGCGAUGGGAUGUUGAGGUACAUCAGCUCAUGAUGUCGGUCAAGUUCUGGGGAAUGGUGGGCUUUCCUUCCCGAAGCUGCCGAAAUGGUGCUUAUGUUUACGGUAGAUACCCGAAUUGGAAGCUCAAGGACUGUUGAAACGCUGGUCGCCUCGGGAUAGGCUGGAUAAUGUCAUGCUCCGCUGUGAGCUUGAUUACGAUACGAGCAAGUUGCUGGCAAGAGACCUUGGCAUAACAAUGGACGAAUACCUUUACGAGGCCAACAUAUACUAGUUGGUGGUGGGGUCAUGUUCCCAUGUAUGACUUGUGCUUUAUGAUAAAGAAUAUCAUUCCUUCUCUUUCCCUUCUCUGGCAAUGGCUCUGCUCGCUGAUGUGUGCGGUGCAGUUAUGCAUCAAACAUUAAUUUUGAAGGUCUGAAUAAGAUUGACAUUUCUUGAGUAUCAUUGCCGGCAUCUGACACACUGUAUGGAGAACAA